AACACGCGGAAAUCCAAUGGAGGAACUUCAAGACCACGAGUUUAAAUCAAAGUACCGAUUUAGUCGGGCGACUGCAUCUUUUAUUAUAGAUAUGGUAAAAAAUAGUCUAGCUGGGGACGCAAGAGGUGGCUUUAUACCACCCUAUUUGAAAGUUUUGACUGCAAUCAGAACAUGGGCCCGUGGAGAGAUUCAAGAUGAUGCCGGAGACCUUAGUGGGAUGAGCCAACCCACGGUAUCUCUCGUUUGCAAACAAGUUGCAUUAGCAAUAGUUUCACAUAGGGCUCAGUGGAUUAAAAUGCCACGAACUGAUAAUGAACAAAAUAAAGUGAUCGCAGAGUUCUAUUCAUUGUGUGGUUUCCGACAAGUUAUCGGCGCUAUUGAUUGCACACACAUUCGAAUCCCAAAAGUCGGUGGAGAUGUGGGACAAUAUUAUAUUAACCGAAAAGGAUAUAGCUCAAUAAAUGUGCAAAUUGUCUCAAAUGCAAAAUUAGAGAUAAUGGAUAUCGUUGCACACUGGCGAGGAAGCACACACGACUCCAGAAUAUUUAAUGAAUCUCGAAUAAAACAAAGAUUUGAAGACGGAGAAUUCAAAGGAAGACUACUGGGAGAUUCAGGUUAUGCCUGUACUCCGUACCUUUUUACACCUGUAUUGCAUCCAGCUACAAACAAAGAAGAAAUGUAUAAUCGAGCUCAUAUACAUACUCGUAAUACAGUUGAAAGGUGUUUUGGAGUAUGGAAGCAGCGAUUCCGGUGUCUUCUUAGAGGGUUCACAACCAAGUUAGAUAAUAGUAAAUUGUAUAUUGUUGCAUUGGCAAUAUUGCAUAAUAUAGCCAUGCACAGAGAAGACUUCAUUGAACAUGCUGAGAUUAUUGAUGAUAAUGUGCCAGUGAUAUCUUUAAACAGCUCCCUUAGAGGAAAUUCUGCGCGGGCUGCUUUUAUUACUGAAAAUUUUUAAUGUGCACUUAUUUUAGCUAAUUUACUUUUAUCAAGUUUAGGCCAAAUAGAAGGAAGCUUAUUCUAGUAUGUAAAUA